CCCUGCCUCUCCCCAUCCUCAAUCAGCCCCGACAGCGGCGCCAUGAAAUUCGCAGCUCCUCUGAGCGCGCUGCUCAUCAACCUCUCAAUAUGGACGUUCUGUCUUGCCGCAGAGGACAGAUCUCCUGAGCGGGUAUGCUAUGACGCGUGUUUCGCGUGCCUAAAGCCCGUGCAUUUCGACGACGUGCUCCGGAACCAAACGGGUUUUACGAGGACCUGCUACAGCCCCAGAGCGAUAUUAUCGCUGUAUUUGUGUCUUGAUGUGUAUUGCACGCCGGGGGCGGUAGAGGUAGGGCUGGGAUCGUAUAAUGAGACUUGUCGGGAGAAGGCGCAUGUUGUCUUACCGCCGUUUGAGGUGAUUUCGAAUUAUACAGCUGAGGAUGUUGGCAGGGUGAGGAGGUUUGAGCGGAAUGAGACAGAUGAGGGGGUUUUGUUUAGGGAGGUUGUUGUUCCUUCGGAGCAUUGGUUUGGGAUCUGGUGGGAUACUUUGGUAGGUAAUCUGAGAGUGAAGGUUGAACGGGACUGAUGGUGAUGCAGGAUUCUGUGGCGUAUACUUACACUUACCAUGAUGUAUACGGGCGCGCCAUGAUCACCUUCUGGAUCGUCGUCAUAGCUAUCGGCGUCUUUAACCAUGCCAUCCUUUAUAUCGCCAAUCUGCAAAUGGUUCGCAGCUAUUCUCCAAAGUCCGGCGGCCGACUCUGGAACUUUUAUAAUUGGGCACUCAACCGAAUCACAGUCCCGGCUUUUCUCGGAGACCGAUGCGCGCAGAAAGUCGGCUGGGGAACUGUCCCCCCUCAAAUACAGUCCUGGACUCUGUUCGCUUUCCUCUUUCUCAACAUUGCGUUGAGCAUCCUUGGAUACAAAAUCGUGCCGGUCAAUAUGUACUUUCCAUCGACGGCGAAACAGUUGCUUCGUUAUGUCUCGGACCGCACGGGCAUCAUAUCGUGGGCCAACUUUCCAGUGAUUUGGCUCUUUGGAAUGAGGAAUAACCUCCUCAUGUGGCUGACUGGUUGGGACUUUGGAACGUAUAACAACUUUCACCGCUGGGUUGCGCGAAUCGCAACUCUUCAGGCGAUUGUCCACUCCAUCGGGUAUACCUGGUUAAUUGUCUUGGAGGGCGGCUGGGAGUAUUAUCUAUUCUGGUGGAACUACAUGUUCUGGUGGGUUGGCGAAGUGGCAACCAUCGUCAUGUCUCUUCUCGUCGGAGCAUCCUUUUACUGGAUCCGACGUCAGCAGUACGAACUAUUCUUGGUCGUACACAUCAUCAUGUCAAUCAUCCUCCUCAUCACAAUGCUUGCCCACGUCUCCAUCUUCCAAGGCGAAUACGACGUGUUCUUCUGGGUCCCCUGCUUCAUCUGGGUCGGCGACCGCGUCAUCCGGGCUCUUCGAAUAGCGGCAUUCAACCCAAAGCUCUGGGAUACCUGGGCCACUUCUAUUUACCAUCCGUCCUCCAACAUUGUUAGACUUGUCGUUCCGUGGUCAAGCAGUCUGUACAAACCAGCUCCCGGAACAUUCUACUACAUUCAUGUUCUCAACGGACCUCGAUGCUGGGAAAGUCACCCCUUUACCGUGGCAAUGGUAAAAGAUGAAGGGCAACGUGGUUUGAAGCUCCUUGGCGAGCAAGCUCCUCUACUCGACGGCACUGUCGCCGAACAAAGCUCGGAUCCCGUUGACUCACAAGAUAUACUCAGUGACUCUCGAACAAUGACAUUCUUGAUCCGUCCCUACGAUGGCUUCACCUCCAGACUCCGCGACACCGCAUCAGCAGUCUGGCCUAAAAACGUCCCUCAACGCGUCCUCAUCGACGGUCCCUACGGGCAUACCCGUCCCCUCCAUCUUUUCGACAAUGUAACCUUCAUCGUCGGCGGAAGCGGCAUCGUCGUUCCCCUCUCAUAUCUCCAACUCCUCACCGGCCCAACAGCCCCUCGAUCCGUGAAAAUCAACUGGGCCGUUCGCGAACCCGCCUUCGCACUCGACGUCCUCCAAACUGACAUCGCUGAUGCAUUGGGGAGCACGAAUCUCAGCGUUGAGAUACAUCUUACGACACAUACGCCUCAAGAUGAACUAAGCGAGUGGCCGUCACAAGUUACGUUGCGGAAAGGAAGGAUAGAUGCUUCGGAUGUGGUGAGGAGGAGGAGUGAAGAGGUGAUGGGCGAGAGCCUUGCAAUUGUUGCGUGUGGACCAGCGCAGAUGGCGGAUGAUGCGAGAAAGACGGUUGCUGAUUUGUUACGAAAUGGAGUUAUGAGGGUAGAGUAUUUUGAGGAGAGCUUUCAGUGGUGAUAGAAUACCAGAAUUUUGGCGUUAGACUUAGAUAUGUUCAUGAUACUCAUUAUGCUACUCGUCGUUAACAAAUCGUGA